CCAGGCAGGGCUGCUGGCGCUGCUGUUGUGCUUCUGUCAGUGAAAACUCGAACUGUCAACAACACAGCUACUGUCGGGCUCAUUUGUAGACUAAGUGCAGAUUUUUUUUAUCGCGUCCAAUAGUCAGUAGGUAUUUGUUUGCUUUUGUGCAGUUGGAAGUUUGUUAAUGUCGCGUUUUUGAACAGCGUGAGGGGAGAAACGAUUGCAAAAGAAGGCGAGAGCAGCUGCUAGCUUUCUACGCCACAUCCCCUGUGUGGUAUAACGGCGCCCAAAGUUAGCCUAAAUAAUAAACAAUAAAGUAUCCUGGGAUUUUCUCAGGCAUUAUGGAGCUAUUGUGGGGUAGGUUGCACACCCCAUGAGAUGUGGACCGAAGUGAGAACGUGCCACUUUGCACCCCCUCUGCAGCAGCACUGACACUUGUUGUCAUGGCCUCCAGCUACCCACCCCCCUUUGAGGGCACAGGUGAAGUAAAGGAGGGUUUUCUUUGCCCACUGUGCCUAAAGGACCUCCAGUCAUUCUACCAACUCCAAGACCACUAUGAAGAGGAGCACUCUGGAGAUGACCGCCAUGUUCGGGGACAGCUAAAAAGUUUGGUUCAGAAAGCAAAGAAAGCCAAAGAUAAACUGCUGAAGAGGGAUGGGGACGACAGACCGGAUACUGGCAGUUAUGAGUCCUUCUACUAUGGUGGAGUGGACCCAUACAUGUGGGAGCCUCAGGAAUUGGGAGUAACUAGAAGUCAUCUGGACUUGUUUAAAAAGCACCGGGCAGCCAGGAUAGAUCAUUAUGUCAUUGAGGUCAACAAGCUCAUCAUUAGACUGGAAAAGCUGACAUCAUUUGACAGAGCCAACUCAGAUGCUGCUAAGAUCAGAGCCAUUGAGAAGUCUGUAGUGUCAUGGGUCAAUGAUUCAGACGUACCGUUUUGUCCCGACUGCGGAAACAAGUUCAACAUACGUAACAGACGGCACCACUGUCGCCUCUGUGGGUCCAUCAUGUGUAGGAAGUGCAUGGAGUUUGUUCCCUUACCCCUGGCCCAGAAGCUUAUCGCUGGGACUCGAGAAGCACUGUGUGUACCCGGAAGUCCCAGUCAGUCGCAGUCUCCACCAGCGGGAGGUGGCAGCAGCGGGAUGGGCUCUAGGAGAGGCAGCAUCAGCAGUUUGAGCAGUGUAACCUCCAUGCUGGAGGAAAAGGAUGAUGAGAAGAUUCGCUGCUGUCACCACUGUAUGGACACACUUCUGAAGAGACAGCAGAAGUUAGAAGAGAAGGACCAUGUGCCAGAUAUAGUGAAACUUUAUGAGAGGUUGAGGAUGUGCAUGGAGAAGGUGGAUGAAAAGGCUCCAGAGUAUAUCCGAAUGGCUGAGUCUCUCAAUGCUGGAGAAACCACUUACAAUCUUGACACUGCUGGUGGGUUAAGACUGGAAGUCCAGAAAUACUAUGAACUCAUCGAUGCUCUGAGUAAGAAGAUCUUAACACUAGGACUGAAGGAUGAUCCACAACCACAUCCGAAGGUGCUCCAGCUACAGAAAAUGAUCCGCUAUACCGCCACGCUGUUUGUCCAGGAGAAGCUGUUAGGUCUGAUGUCUUUACCCACUAAGGACAAAUAUGAAGAGCUGAAAGAAAAGAGGAAACAGGAACAAGAGAAGAGACUGCAACAAGAAAGACUGGCAGCACAGGAGGCUCUGAAGAGGAGGCAGGAGAGACAGGAAAGAAGCCGUCCACCUGUGAAUGCCAAUGGAGAGCUGCCCCAGGCCCCCAGAGAGCCACGAAUUACCAAAGCUGGUGGUUGGCUUCCCUCCGCGGACUCCAUCCACACACGUGGCGAACUGGAAGACCCCCUUCUGCAGCAGAUCGAGAACAUUGAGUCAUUCCUUCGUCAAGCUCGGGAGGCUCAGAGAACAGACGAAGUGACCAUGUUAGAGGAGAACUUGCGCCAGCUGCAGGAUGAGUAUGACCAGCAGCAGACCAGUAUUGCUCUUGCGCUCUCAGAAAAGCUUGCUCAAGAGGAGAGUUUGCAGCAGGGGGAGCUGCAUCGCUUGAAGACCUGGGAAAGGGAGGAGAAAGAGCAAUGGAGCUCUGCUGUAAACUCCUCCGAGCCAUCCUAUAAAUGGGAGCGGUCUCUAGAUAUCACUCCAACUGGAGGUCACCAGGGAGAGGACACACCAGCAGAGGAGCUGACUCCUAAGGCAGAAAGAAGUCCUCCGUCUUUUAGAGCAUUCCCUGCUCUCACAAGCCAGGAGGAGUCUCCCCCAAGGUUGAGAAGCUUAGGAGGCCAUGUAACACCUCCUGGCGGUGAAGGCCAGAAUAACACCUCCCUUAACCCCUUUGAAGAGGAUGAUUCCACACCCACCGAAGAUGAUCCAUCCAAUCCGUUCUUUGAGGACAUCAAGAAGGACCACAAAGAGGUAACCAACGGAAAGAAAGAAUACAACCCCUUUGAUGAAGAUGAAGAUGCAGAGGAGGACAAACUGGCUGAGACUGUUUCACGCAACCCCUUUGAGGAUGAUGACACAGAUGAAGGUAACCCAUUCCUAGAGGCUUCAGGAAAUUCUCCAGAAGUCUCGACUAACCCAUUUGACGGGGAUGACAAAGAUGAGGUCUUGCCGGAUGUGGACAUGAUAGAGGAGGAGCUGCUGCUACAGCAGAUAGACAACAUUAGGGCCUACAUCUUUGAUGCAAAGCUCAGCGGGCGUCUCGAUGAGGUUGACCUUCUGACACAGAACCUAAAAGAGCUACAAAAAACCCUCCAGGAGCAGAAGAAUAAGAAUAAGAAGCACUGACACAUUUCCCUCAAAAUCCUCCUGAUCACCUGCUACUUACCAAGUCCCACAAGGUUAGCUCACUUAAUGCGACUUCUGAGCCCACAGAAUUUAAUUUGGGUGAGGUCUGCUGUAUCACAAAUGAAGUUCAUGCCACAACAAAAAUACAUACAAGACUUCAGUAGUCAUUUCCUGAAUUUCCAAACAUUUUCUUAGGCUUCCUUGCCUGUUUAGGCCAAGGGCUCAAAUCUAAUGCACAUGUACAAUUUUAGAGCACUGUGAGUAAAAGUUAAUUUGUUUAGGCAUGUCUGCAGCUAUUUGCCCAGCUGUAAAAAUGCAAACAUGAACAAAUGAAGAUAAAACAAUGUCACUUUUAACGAAUGUUAAAUGAGACAGUCACAUGGUUCUCUGAGUAGAAUCUGGCUCUUCAGUAUAAGCUCUGAACAAAGUCAAAACGCUGCCAUGGCUGCAAAGCUAUAAAACGAUAAGAUCACACAUCCUAUCAUAGCACUGCACUGCUAUAGCACUGGCAGACCUGUGAUGACACCCCCCCCCCAGAUUAAAAAAAAAAGAUACUACAGAAACACACAUAGUGCUUCUUCUACCUUAUUAAAACCUGCUGCCUACAUGAAGCACAGUUCAACUUGAGAUUUGGGUUUGUAGUUGGUGACUGACUACAGUUUUUUCAGAAACUACUCCGCUCUAUCUGGAGAAAUGGCUUUAAAUGUCUUAAAUUCGCAGACUUUAAUGUGUAAAAUCUGUUUCAUUGAUGUUUGAAGUCUUGUAUUGGUGCUUCAUUCUGUGGUAAUUGUACUUCCUGCUUUUCAUUUAUCCCUUAGUAAAGAGCUAAAGCGCACAUUAUUUUACAUCUAACUUUCCCACAAAUAACUCACAGUCCAAAUGACCAUGUUAUUAUCAAACAAGAAGUGGAAUUUAACAUUUACUAAACAUUUGGGGAGCCCAGUGUUUGAAGGAAAGAGAUUAUUUGACAAAGUUGCUAUUAGUGUUUGAAUUAUAAUUUUAGUCAAUACGCCUGGACCAAUUAGAUUUGUAAGAGUAGUUAAAGAUGCAUUGCACAGAAUUAAACCAUGAAUGUGGCCUGCCACUAAAAAAAGUGUAGCUUAAUGUUACACUGACUAGCAAACGUUUUAAUUAUAAUUGUUGCAGCCAGCCAGUUAAUUAACUCUUAAACUAAAGGUGUCAAACCUGACUUUUUCAUUUCCAAAAUCUUCAGUUUAUUGCACCUGCUAUGUCAUCCAAUAAAUAUGCUGCAUCUUAUAUAACAGGGAGCCAAAAAAAAGGCUUCCUCAACCUGAUGUUUUUUUGUUUUUGUUACAGUACAGGAAUUUUGGCUGCAUGUGUGUGUUGUUCAGCUGGUAGCCCGGCAUGUCAGACAUCACAGCUAAGAUCUGUAUGUUCGGCUUGUUAUCUGAUCACUAGUUUCACCUGAAAUGUCCAUUCAGAGUUCAUCCAACCAGUUCACCCAGCAGGUACUAAACACUAUUUGCCAAGGGACACUGUAGGCAUAUACAAGUGAAUAAAACAUCUAAAAUUCACUGAAGUUCCAUUGUGUAAGGAAGUCAUUCAUAUUUGUUAAGUCUAAAUAAAUUCUUAGGUUAAUUUCUUUUUCUCGGUUAAACAUAUAUUAACACUACAUGAAUGCCAGCAAGUAUUAUCACCUUGAGUGCUGCUCUGCCGGUCCUAACAUUACUCUCUUUUUGUGCUUUCAGUCUCCUCGUAGAGUUUUUUGUGUUUGUAACAUCUGCAGAAAAUUUUUAGCAAAGCACGUGACCACCCUUAAUGUUUUGACAGCGUGAAUAACACAAGGAGAUUCAUUAAUGUUAAUUGCUGAUCUUUAUCUUUGAAAGUAAUUUAACAUCUCUGCAUUUAAAUGAAAAUAUUUGAAAUGGACACAGCGAUUUAGAAAUGUAAGGAAAUUCCAUCUCAGCACUAAUAAAACUGUCUGCAGUAAAAUGUGA